AUGGCAGAUUGCACAAUUAUACUGACUCGAAUGCUGUUCAUCUGCUGUUUUUUGAUGGUACACUGCACUCAACCCAACUGUACAUCUGUGACAGACUUUGGUAAUUGUCUAGGAAACACAACAAAUUUCUGCCCCAAUGACAUUGCCUGUGCAUGCAAAGAUGAAAAGCCUUUCUGCAAAUGUCAAAAUUUCAGAGGCCAGUGGGGAGACUAUUGGUACAUGGGGGAGAAAUGUGAACAACUCUGGAACACUUUGGACCUGAUUUUAGUAGCAACAUUGCCUGGAAUAACACUGGCUUUAAUUGUUGGUGUGGUAAUCCAGAUUAUCCACUACUGUAAAGGAAAGCCAAAGAAGAAUGAAGAUCAUCACAGAGAAGAGAGAAACAUGCCAGAACUUCGACCUCGCCAUAAUUCUGCAUAUGGUUUUGAUACUGACAGGAAUCUUCCUCAGUCUAAUCAAGGCGAGGUAAACACUGAAUCUCAUUGGUCAAAUAAGAAUCCCUGGAGUCUAAUCUACCAGGAACCCUUUUCUGGAAGUUCUUUUUCUCCAUCAUCACAAUUAUCAAGAACAAACUCCAACUAUUUUGCUCAAGAAUGCAAAGAAGGCAUACUUUACAACUAUCCAGCUCCUAACUGGAAUGGCUCUCCAGGAUCAACUAAGCCUGCUGUAAACUAUGGAAACAACUUUUUGCCAACCACACCUAUGAGGCCAAACUUUGAUUUUUCCACAUCUGGGCCCCAAAGAGCAACCUAUAUUCCAAAAGAAAAGUCAUACUCAGCUUAUGUCGAACCAGAAAUCCCAUACAAAAUUGGUCGUGCACACAUGAAAUCCAACUAUUAA